UUCUUACCACAUCCCUUUGUAAAUUUCUCUCUCUCUCUCUUUUUUUUUUUUUUUUGCCAUAUUCUACUGUUUGUUUAACUUUAACCCCCAUUUGAUAAUUUCGACUCCUCUACCUCUUUUCUUUUUCUUCUUCGUGAGUUCUUCAAGGCACAGGCGCAGCAUUUAUUAUAUUCCUAUUUAAGACCAUCAACAGCCAUCAGAAAGAAACACACAAAGGAAUAUAUGGACAUGGAUAUGGGGUCUCGUUCUGCUUCUCUUGGGGGCUUACAUUUAUUGCUCCUAUUCUUCUGUUAGCAUCACAAUGGAAUGUUGGUAAACUAUUCGAGAGGAGCGAGAAAGAAGAUUAUUAUAUACAUAUAUAUAUAUAUAGAGAGAGAGAGAGAGAGAGAGAGAAUUUAAGGCAGGCACGGUUCAACAACUACUCCUCUCUCAGCUUGUACAUGGAGAGGCUCCAAGGACCCAUAAACCCCUGUUUCUUUGGGGAGCAUUUGGACGUGGAGUGUAUAGAACAAGGACUAACGAGCACAGGAAGCUUGAGAUUGGAAGAAGAAUUUGAGGAUAAUAAAAUGCCGUUCCUUCAAAUGUUGCAAAGCGUAGAAAUUUCAUCUUCACCAUCUUUUUUGCCCUUGAAAGAGCCUACUGCAAGCUUUCAGACGCUGCUAAGGCUUCAACACCUGAAGAAGCAGCAACACCAGCAGCAGCUUUAUUGGGAAGAAGGGCUAUUUAGUGGCGAGUACUACAACAACAACAUUAACAACAUUAUAAUGCCGUGUGAAAUGGAGACCCAAAUUCAGGCUGCUCUAGAGUAUAAUGAGAGCUGUGUCACACAUGACAUAGUCGUUGAGUUGCAUGGUGAUCCGUCUGUUAAAUCCGAAGCCAAAGACCGAUAUCUUCAGUACCCAGUACUUAUUUCAACCUCAGAAUGCAACCAAGAAGAACGACCGGCCGGUUCCAAGGAUGAAGAGAGUAAACAAACCCAGAACUCGAAAUCCAUUUCUCAUCACGUCGUCACUAGAGAAAGAAGAAAGCGAAAGAGAACAAGACCAACCAAGAACAAGGAAGAGGUUGAAACCCAGCGCAUGACCCACAUUGCCGUCGAGCGCAACCGGAGACGCCAAAUGAACGACCAUCUCAACGUCCUCAGGUCUCUCAUGCCCACUUCUUACAUUCAAAGGGGUGACCAGGCGUCUAUAGUGGGAGGUGCAAUUGACUUUGUGAAGGAAUUGGAGCAGCUUCAUGAAUCCCUUGAGGCACAAAAGAGAAUGAGAAAAUUAGAAGAAAACAACAACCACCCCGUUAGCUCAUCCUCUUCUUCAUCUUCCUCGGCCGCCGCAAAUCCGUCAUCCACUGGCAUGUUCAUGUCUCUUUCCCAAUACAGAACCGGCCCUGAAGAAGACAUUAACAACAACAACAACAACAACAUUGGAGAAGAAGUUCGAGCUGAAAACAAGUCUGAAGCAGCGGACAUAGAGGUCACAGUCAUACAAACACAUGUGAACUUGAAGAUCCAAUGCCCCAGAAGGCCCGGCCAGUUGUUGAAGGCCAUUGUUGCACUUGAGGAUCUCAGGCUUUCCAUUUUGCACCUCAACAUUACCUCCUCACUCGCCACGGUUCUUUACUCCUUCAAUCUCAAGAUUGAGGAUGGAUGUAAGUUAGGACAGUCGGUUCAUCAGAUAUUCAGAUUCAUAGAUGGAAGUUAA